AUGCCCGAAGACGAAUUAUGUUGUCUAUCAAGGAUAAUAGUCACCAUAUUUUGUAAUCAACCUAAAUCGAAAAUACAUGUUCCACCUUUACCAACCGAGUGUAUGCAACAAAUCCUUCAACAUAUAGCAGAUCAAGGCGUAGGAUCAUUAUACCCAUUCUUGUUGGUUAAUCGAUAUUGGUGUAAUAAUGUUAUACCUUUUUUAUGGGCUCGACCAUUUGAAGGAACAUUAACACCAGAAAAUCGAUAUAAAUUCAUGUUGAUUUAUUUAUCAUCUCUUACUGUUCAAGAAAAAACCGCAUUGAAUGUUUCUUUAAAACCUUAUAACAUUACAAUUCCCGAUCUAGCCCCACCUUUAUAUAAUUACCCAGUGUUCUUAGAAGAAUUUUCAUACAGAAACGUUGAGCUAGCAGUAUAUUCGUGUAUAUGUCGAUGGAAUACCGAAGAUUUUGUAGCUCGCAAUAGAGAAGAACAAAUACUUGUUUUAGCAUCCACAUUAUGUCAAUUAUUCAUGAGAAAUUCUAAAAGUUUAAAAACUUUUAUUAUAGAUAAAUUUCUUAAUCAUUCCGAUUUACCAGAUUGUUCUAUAUUCAGUUCCGGACAACCUGGGUUAAGAAACAUUUCUAAUCUUACUAUCGAUUGCACAAAACCAAUGAUGGAAAAUACAAUUCGUUUGUUAGAAAUGAUUCCAUCUUUGUGUAAAAAUAUUCAUUGUUUAGAUGUUAAACUUUUAUUUUUUGAAAAUAAUACAGAGGUAAUACAAGCAAUUAUAAAAAUAAUUAGGGCUCAAGAAAGUUUGACUGAAUUUAAACUCGAUGGUGUAAAAAGUGGAGAAUCCAGAGAUAUUAUCCAAGCUCUACAAUGUCAAUCAUCAUCCAUUGCCACCAUAAAAUUUGAAAAUGUUGAUUUAACCACUGAUUCUUUAAGAUUACUCGCGUUAUGUCAACAACUUCGAAAUUUAUCAUUAAUACAAUAUAGAGGAUUAACCAUGGAAGCGGCAUUAAUUCGAGCUGCAGGAGAACACUUGAGAUGUUUAAGUUACGAUAUAAUAACUAGAGAAACUAUAGAAGCCACGACCCUAUAUUGUUCUAACCUAACUGAACUAGAGCUUUCGGAUUAUUUACCACAACAUGAUUCUCUUUUAUAUUUAUUAUUUAAUGGACUUCAUCAAAUCAAACGACUUACCAUAUCAUCAGGACAUAAUAAUGCAAGUAGAUAUAUGGUCAUUUCUGGAAGAGAAUUACCUACAACUUUGGAAUAUUUAAAAUUACAAUGUGGACCCUCAAUACAAAUAGAAAAUGUAUUGAAAGAUUGUGAGGCUCCUUUGAGAGUUUUAAUCUUAGAUGACGCAGUAAAUUUAAAUUUUGCAGAUUUAAAGGUUAUUUCGAAAUUUGUGAAAAUUAAACGAACGUUAAGAUAUUUAGGAAUUGGUGGAAGGAUAUCAUGGAAUGGUAAAGAAAAAAAUGAAUUGGAAAUGUUAAAGAAACGUGGAGUUAAGAUUAUUCCUUGCUUUGAAAUUGACAAGUGGUAA